GCGCAUCGAACGCAAGAAAGCAUGAAGAGAGCGAGCGCGAGGGAGUUUCGGAAACUCUCACCUCUCCCUCAUAAAAGAAAUCUUGGAAGCGAAUUCCUCCUUACGAAACAAAUCUUAGAUGCGAAUCCCUUUUUGCUUCCCUUCCUUCCUCGUUCGUUUAUUCCGACUGGAAUAUUGGUCGACAUCGAAGGAGACAGGCCAGAGAAGGUGCCGAAGGUGAUCGAAAUUUGGUAGAUUGGCGCGAGCUGGUGGUGAAGAUGGGGAUCCGAUGGGCGAAGCGGAUGAGAGAAACCUUUGGAGUUCCCUUUUUAUGGCUCGUGUCGUUGAUCUAUUUCACUCAGGGUUUCAGAUCAUUUGUGUGGACAGCAGUUUCAUACCAGAUGAAAGACGUGCUCAAGCUAUCACCCGCAGCAUCACAAUAUGUGGUUUCUGUUGCAUAUUUUCCUUGGAGUAUAAAACCAGUUUAUGGUAUUUUAUCUGAUUGCAUUCCAAUUAGAGGGAGGAAGCGAAUACCCUACUUGGUCAUAUCCACUGUACUCUCUCUUUUGCCAUGGCUUGUGCUUGGUCUGACAACAUCUUUAAGGAGUUCACGCAAUUCUCUUGCUGCGUUCUUAACAGUACAAAACUUUGGGUCUGCCAUGGCAGAUGUUGUUAUUGAUGCAAUGAUUGCAGAGGCUGUUCGCUCUGAGCAUGCAGAAUUUGCUGGUGACCUUCAGUCAUUAUCUUGGUCUGCAAUGGCCUUGGGAGGAAUAUGUGGGAGCUUGUUAGGAGGAUAUACAUUAUCCAAUCUCAGAAUAGACACAGUUUUCCUUCUUUUCUCUGUGCUUCCAACCAUCCAGCUAUUGUCAUGUGCUUUGGUAAAGGAGGUCCCUGCAAGAUCUGAAAAUACACCAGAUCAUAACAAACAACAACAUGUAGAAUAUGAAGCAGAUGUGAGCUUUUCAAGUGGAAAUGAUUCUUUCGCUAAAACAUUAAAAUCUGGCACUUCUAGAAGAAAAAAGAGCAGCCAUAAAAAUGGUAAAAGGAAAAAGAAAUCCAUUAAAUCUGAGAUUCAAGAACAGCAGAAUGGCUUGGCAGCGGCAAGAGGCUAUUUAUCUUUGAAAUCGGCUGCAUAUAGUUUGUGUCGGGCAUUUAGAAAGCCGAUGAUUCUAAGACCUAUGGCAUGGUUUUUCUUCUCAAAUGUUACAGUUCCAAACCUCUCAACAGUCAUGUUCUAUUAUCAGACUGAGGUGUUGCAUUUGGAUUCAUCCUUUCUGGGGACUGCACGCGUGAUUGGGUGGUUUGGCUUAAUGCUUGGCACAUAUAUUUACAAUCUCAAUUUGAAGCAUGUGAAGCUAAGAAAAAUCCUCAUGUUUGCUCACGUUGGUCUUGCCACUGUGAUUCUGUUUGACAUUGUCCUAGUAUCUCAGUCACAUGUUCAGUUUGCCAUACCGGAUAAGUACAUGGUGCUUUGGGGUUCAGCUUUGGGUGAUGCAAUUAACCAAUUUAAGAUGAUGCCAUUUUUGAUCAUUUCUGGACAGCUAUGCCCACCUGGAAUUGAAGGAACGCUUUUUGCUCUAUUUAUGUCCAUAAACAACCUUGGUUCCACGUUGGGCUCAUUCUUAGGAGCUGCUUUGGCUUCAGUGCUGAACAUAUCAUCGGAAUCUUUUGAUAAUCUUCUCCUUGGCAUUACUGUGCAACUAUUAGCCACUCUUGUUCCCAUUGCCUUCCUGUUUUUGAUUCCGAAGGAAGCUACGGGGUUGACUUCACAAUGAUAACUAAUCAAUACUCAGCAUAGCUCACAAGAAAGACUAAUUAAUACUCAGCUUUUGUUUUCAUUCCUCAGCGCUCUCUUCCUGCUCCAAUAGAGUUUGAAGCAAGAAAAACAUAGCAGAGGGGUCAAGGUGUAGAUUGUUAGAACUCUACACACAAACAGAAUACAGGUUGUUGCUUCAUUUUUCUCUAGGAAGCAACUAGUAGAAAUUCCCUGUAGAAGAGGGAGAAAAUGUUGUGAUCAUUUCAAUUGUAAUACAAAAUUUUCUUAUUAAGAAUCAAAAUCUUGGUCCUUGUUCUUUUAGCGAUCAAUACCUUGUCUUUAAUGUUAAAUCCUACAGUAUCUUGUAUUUCAACUGGAGAUGGUGAGUGUAGUCAUCUCGAAUCAUGGUGAUGUGCGAAUUUGAAAUAUU